CUGAAGCGGUUAACCUUGUAGAACCGCUUUGACUUCGAAGAAAUCAAAAUAAAUUCCGCGAUCCGAAGAGGUGGCUGUUUAUUUUCUUCGGGUACGCAGACGGGGAACCACCGAAUUCCACACGAAAAUCCGAUCGGCGUAGCGAUGGCCACGUCCAAUUUGUUGUUCUUGUGCGUGACGUCAGUGGUGCUAAUGACCGGGGGCACCCAAGAACUUCUCGCCAAAAAUAUGAAGUUUAAAUUGCAGGGCGGCGAUUUAAUGCCUAUGGUAGGAUUUGGUACUUACCAGAUCCGAGGCACUGAACUCAUCAGGGACGUUCUGGAUUAUGCCUUGGGCGCAGGGUAUAGACUGAUAGAUACAGCCAAAGUAUACAGAAAUGAAGAAGACAUCGGCAAGGCAUUAAAGGAUCUGCUGCCCAAGUACAAUUUAACCAGGAAGGACAUUUGGAUCACCACAAAACUUUCUCCUGAUGAUCAGGGUGCCCAGGCCUAUGAAGCCCUAAAAGAGUCUGUUAAAAAACUUGAUUGUGGUUAUGUGGACCUCUAUUUGAUCCAUUGGCCAGGCAGUCAUGGAGUUAAUGCCUCCAAUACUAACAACUCUCGUUUAAGGGACGAAAGUUGGAAACAAAUGGUAAAAGGCUUAAAAGAAGGCCUGGCAAAGAACAUUGGUGUAUCAAACUAUCUAGUGAGGCACUUAAAAGAACUUGCCGCCAACAAUUAUGGCAUUAAACCUGCUGUAAACCAAGUUGAAUGGCAUCCCCACUAUCAUCCGCAGGAUCUCCUGGACUAUUGUAGACAAGAAGGGAUUCUGUUGCAAGCCUACUCGUCUUUGGGAGGCACCGGGAACCCCGAUUUAAUUAAGGACCCCACCGUCGAACAAAUCGCUGAAAAACUGAAUAAAACUCCCGCUCAGAUUCUGCUUCGGUGGGCCCUACAGCAAAAUAUCGCGAUCAUACCGAAAGCGAGAUCGGAGAAACACAUUAGGGAGAAUAUCGAUUUGGACUUUGACAUUCCUGAAGAAGAUAUGCGCAGUUUGAGUAGUUUUAAGGUGAAUAAAUAUGCCUGGGAUCCUGAAAAUAUUGCUUAAAUGUGUUUUUGCACCAUGGUCUUAUGUGCAUUUAAGAUUUUCAGUAUUUUUGCUUUUUUAUACUUAGGAUAUUAUAUAUAAUGUUUGUAUGCAUUAAAUGUAUUUUAAUAA